AAAAACAAAAAGAUAUGGGGCAACCGGACAUAAGCCCAGCCCCACCCUACGCUGUUGAAUAGCGCAACCCUGCAGCCGCAGUGACAGCACCGGCGAGCAUAAACCCUAAACCCUACUAUGUCCGAAGAAAUGUACGGCGUGCUCCUUUAUUACAAGUACGCUGAAAUUCCCAACCUCGACGACCUCCUCACUUUCUACCACUCCAACUGCUCCUCCCUCAGCCUCCUCGGUCGUGUUCGGCUUUCUUCCCGCGGCGUCAAUGUCACCGUUGGCGGCAACUUAUCCUCUCUCGAGAUCCACAUCGAAGCCCUCAAAGCCUACAACUCUCUGUUUCACGACACUGAUUUCAAGCUCGCCAAUUGUCAUCAGCCAUUAAACGACAAAGUAGCCCAGGAAUGUGGAUUCACUUCUCUAUCUAUUCGGAUCGUCGAUGAACUUGUCACUCUCAGUUCUCAUCCGCUGUUAAAGUCACCGGAUAUCUCAAAUGCCGGAAAGCAUCUCUCUGCACUUGACUUCCAUUCUUCCCUCCACAAUACCAACAGGGAGAGUCCAGAAAAUGACCUUGUUUUACUUGAUGCAAGGAAUCUGUAUGAAACAAGAAUUGGCAAAUUUCAUGUGCCUAAUAUUGAAACUUUGGAUCCACAAGUUAGGCAGUAUAGUGAUUUGUCCUCUUGGAUAGAUGAUAACGGUGAGCGGUUGAAAGGAAAAAAUAUCCUCAUGUAUUGUACUGGUGGAAUCAGAUGUGAAAUGGCAUCGGCAUAUAUUAGGUCAAAAGGUGCUGGGUUUGAGAAUGUGUUUCAGUUAUUUGGUGGCAUACAGCGGUAUUUGGAGCAAUUCCCAGAUGGUGGGUUUUUCAAAGGAAAGAAUUUUGUUUUUGAUCACCGGAUAUCAGUUGGAAGUUCAGAUGCUAAUGUUAUUGGGACCUGCCUUAUUUGUCAAUGUUCAUUUGAUGAUUACUCGUCUCGCUGCCGGUGUGCUUACUGCCGAAUGCUUGUUUUGGUUUGUGGUAGUUGCCAGAAUGAAUCUACACAGUACGUUUGUGAGCUUUGUCAGAAACAGGGCAAGGUCGUUAGGUCAACACAAUUAAUUGAAAAUGGUGAAUCAAAAUCAUCAUUGCCAGGUGCCGAAUUCCAGAAUUUUUCUUCAGAUACUAUGUGUUUGCCUCAAGUGCCUAGGGGAGAUGAUCCAAGGACCUCAAGAAAACUGAGAAUCUUGUGCUUGCAUGGGUUCCGACAGAAUGCAUCCAGUUUCAAAGGCAGAACAGCAUCACUAGCCAAGAAACUCAAGAAAAUGGCUGAAUUUGUUUUUAUCAAUGCUCCUCAUGAAUUGCCAUUCAUUUACCAAAUCCCCGUGUCCGAGCUCAAUGUGAAUUGUGCAUCAUCAUUGCCACCUAGUCCUCCUCCACCUUUGGAGAAUUGCAAGAAGAAGUUUGCAUGGUUUUUGGCACCCAACUUUGAUGGAAGUAGUGGUGUUGAUUGGAAGGUAGCAGACGGUCCAUUCGAUGCACUUCAAUACCAGCAGCAAACUGAUGGAUAUGAUAUUUCUGUAUCACACUUGAAGAAUGUGUUUUCCCAACAAGGACCAUUCGAUGGAAUCUUGGGAUUUUCACAGGGAGCAGCAAUGGCUGCCUUAAUCUCUGCACAACAAGAAAAGCUGAAAGGUGAAAUGGACUUUAAAUUUGUAGUCCUGUGCUCUGGCUUUGCUCUCCGGAUGAAAGAGAUGGAGUGUGGCCCUAUCAAGUGCCCGUCUCUUCAUAUUUUUGGUAAUGAGCAUGGUAAAGACAGACAAAUAGCUAACCAAGCUAGCAAGGAACUUGUUUCUCUAUAUGAUAGUGAUUGUUCUGGGAUCGUUGAGCAUGAUUGUGGUCAUAUAAUUCCUACCCGGUCCCCUUACAUUGAUGGGAUCAAGGAUUUCCUUGGGCGUUUUCUGUAAGAGGUCUCACAAAAAAUGAUCUCAAGUUUUUGAUACCAUUCAAAUUUACAUUGUUCUUGAUAUCUUGUCUUCUAUGUACUAUUGUACAAUCCCAAAAAAUUUGUACAAUGCUCAAUUGUUAUGCAAUUGCCUCAGUAAAACUAACAAAGCGACAUGUUAGGCCGUGUUGAGAGACUGAUUAAUAGGAAUGCUUUACUUGAUUGAAAGGAAGAGGAUGCACACACUAUCAAUUUCCUUUAAGUAAAUGUCUUUUUUUAUUUUAUUUUAAAAUUUUAAAUUCCUGCAGA